GUUAGCGGCUAACACAGACGAUUGAAUUUUGUUGAAAAAAAAAUAUUCGGCCAGUGGCAACAAAACAUUGAUGAAAUGGAGCGUAACUCUGUCAUUUUAUGUUAAAAAUAUUUUACAUUUAACAAUUCCACGUGCAUUACGUAGAAUCAUGCUUGCUCAGCCUUGUCACGAUGUAGGCCAGUUUUUUUCGGGAGUGGACCGAAGAUGUGAACUCCAUUUCCCAUCAGCGACCGCGGCGUCAGGAGCUGACAAGUCAAAUCAAGAUAAGUGAUCCCGUUGCCUGGCUGUCUGAGGAAUCAUGGCUGCGUCACCCAUGAAGGGUGAGUUGAAGCACUUGAGAGCACUUUCCAAAGAGGGGCACGCAUCAGUACCAGAGUCCUCCUUGAGCUGGUGCUUGGCUCACCUGCACAAACCCGGGUCAAAAACUGGCCAUCAAGAAGAUUCGGGUGGCAGCAGAGAAAUGGACAACAGAUCGAAAGCAUCUCAGUGGCGGGCCCUUGUUGCUAUCCGGACUCAGCAUAUUAAGGGUGGAAAGGCUGGGAUUGCCAAGUUCAGAGGUCAAGGUGGCCUCCGACUUCUGAUGAAUCUACUCAAACACCCCGAGUGCUCGAGGAAAACGCUGGACCUUGCUCUCAGCAUCUUGGCCAACUGCUGCACUGAGCAAGAGACGCGUAUAGAGGUUCAUAAACUGGACGGGAUAAAUAUUAUAGUGGAUAUCAUGAAGAGAAACGUGGCCCUGGAAACGGUCCAGAACCGUGCAGCUCGGGCUUUGGCGAACUUGGCCAUGGAUCCAGAGAGUUCUGCACUCAUUCAUACUGCUGGUGGAGUUCCACUUCUCCUCCUCUGUGUGUCCCUGUCCUCAGCUCCAUCCUCUCCCACGACUGCUCCAUCCCCAGAUUCCUGUCCCAAACUGGAGUGUGCUCAGUCCGCUGCCCGGGCCCUUCUCUACCUCUCGGAUACGCCCUCCAAUCGGCUCUCCCUGCUCACCCAGCGGACGUUGUCCGCCCUCGCCCCUCUCAUCGCCCCAGAAUAUCCACAGGAGUUGAGGCGUUCGGCACUCAGGACUCUCCAUGAACUGACCAAGGGUUGUGGGGUGGAAUGCGCCAGAGAAGUGUCCCGUUCUGGGGUCCUGGCUCAGCUGGGAGUCAUGGCAUCAGGGGAUUCUGGUAAACCAUUUGAAGAGCUUGCUCUGAAAACUUUGGCCAACAUGUGCUCCCAAGGUUGCCUGCGCCCUCUCGUGGGGUCCCUGGGGGUCAUUCAGAAAUUCGCGGAGGAAGUUAAAAGGGACCCGGUGAAGUCGGGAGUCUUCUUUAAGGCUCUGUGUUUGUGUUGUAAAGAGGCGGUGAAUCGGGCCAAGGUGAAAGAAAGCGGAGGGCUGGAGGUGCUGAUUAGCUUUUUGUCUGCUCACCAGAGUCAUCCACUUUCCAGGCUGGCUAUUCUGGCCUGUGUAGACUUUGUUUUUGACGAAUCUGCCAUGGAACAGUUGCAAGAUUUGGGGCUGGUCCCUCUUCUAAUCGCACGACUCGUCAAGCUCACCAAAGGAGAGGAACAUGUAGCCGAGAAAAUGGACACUAGUGUUUCUCCAAAGGACAUCUUGCCCUCCUCGUACUUGGAUUCCUUUGAUUAUCCUGCUCCCGAGGGAUCCAAGAGGGAGGAGGCUGGUAGAGAGCCAGGUCUAUGUUCGUCAAGCUUUUUAAGUCUCAGGUCCUGGUUGUUGUCUGAGGGGUUGAUUUCUUCGGAGGGUGAUCUGCUGGAUUCCCCCACUGUUGACGGGGAAUGGGGGGGUAUUCAGAUCCCUCCAUCCUCCUCCCCCCAGUCCUCUUCCCCAAACCUCUCUUUGUCUACCUCUGCUGUCCUCACAACUUCCAAAAAGGCAUCCCAACCUUCUCCCGUGUCCUCUUCAGCGAGAGUCACCGAUCUGCUUCCUUCCAGUGUCCCCGCCACCCUCCCCCAGACGAGUUCCUCCCCAGUCUCGUCUCCCACCAAGACAACACCCAUCACUCCAUCAAAGUUCUCAUCCCCGCAGAGGAAAAGAAGGGCUCACUCAGCAUCUUGCCUGAGUAAAGUCACUCUGGACAACCCUCCCUCCAUGUCCCAGCCAGCCUACCACCACCCGUACCACCCCGAGCCCUGGACGCCCGAGUCUCCCAUCCUGCUGCUGCUGUCGCGCUUCUCCCACGCCAGCGACCCGAGCGUGGCGCUGGUCAACACGGGCGUCAUGUCCGGGCUGCUCUACUACCUCACCCAGCACCAGGACCCCAGCAGCAGGUGCUUCCGUCUGCUCUGCCGGCUCAGCUGCAACCCAAACUGUCUGCAAGCGCUGGUCCGGACGGGUUCUGUCGCCCUGAUUCAGCACCAUCUCUGCCAAAGAGGAGACGAGUUACAGGGGAAGGACAGACAGGCGGACAGAGUGAAAGCCAAAGUAAAGCAGCUGGGCGUCGCCCUUCUGAACAAUCUGCGGGUCCAGUGCGAGUCUGGAUUUGGUUCUGGCGUUCUUGCACAUGUGAUGCUGUCAGGCUCCGAGUCGGACAAGGUGAACGGCGCCCUCUCUCUGCCGCUGAUCACAAGCAACAGAUCCGUGUUGAGGAAGCUCCUGCUGGACACAGGUGGGUUACUCUUAGCUCUGCAGCCCCUCGGCUGUGACGUUGACGACCAGGCGAACAAAGACCCCCCUGCUGAGUCCGGACGACUCCUCUCUGACUUUGGCGCCCCACAUUCAGGUCCCACCUCUCAGUUCCACUCGCCGUACUUCUCCCUCCUGAUCGGAUGCCUGUCUGCUCUGGCGGUAACCGUUAAAACCGACGGCGGCAAGAAAAGUUCAUAUCCCGUCAGAAUACCGUCAGUGGGAGUCAACGUCGACAGAGACGCCCCCCCUCCCCUGAAAAAGCCCCGCUUAGCCGACGUAUGUCCUUACGGCGUCUCCAAGUUCGACGUGCUGCUGCAGCUGGACGACGGGACACGAGUCCCGGUAAACAGGGACUCCGUGGCCGGGGUGGAGGGCGCGGACGACGUCGGCUCCGAGUACUUCAGAGCUCUGCUGAGAGGCGGGUUUGGAGAAGCUCAGGGAGACGGAGGAGAAGCCAUUCAUAUCAAAGACGUUAGUGCAGGUAUGUUAAUACCGGUGGUGCAUUACCUGCACGGGUGUCGUCUCAGCAAGAACUCAAGAAAGGAGGAUGGGGACGGCAGCAAGUGCCACGUUUUGGACACGUUGGCCUCUGAUGGGCUAAGUGUCUGCAAAAAUCAGACCAAAGAUCUUUCAGCAGGAGACUCGGCCUUCCAGAAGACGCCUUUAGGCGAGGCGAUGGUCGCAGCUUGCAGAUUUUUGGUGAGUGAGCUACAGAGAGAGCUGGAGGAUCUCUGCGUCUCUCAGCUUCUGUCCUGCUCCACAAACGCUGCACCCGCGGGGGAAAACCCCGGAAAGACGGACUCUAAAAUGGACCGAGACUGUGCCGAGCUCGCUGAGGAGACUCUCUCUCAAGCGUCGGAGCUCGAGCUGACUGGACAGAUGAAGAAGCUGAACAGUAUCCUUCAAGAAAUGGAGAGACAGAAAAACUUUGUCGGAACGGUGCAGAAAGUUAACACGGGACUUGACACCAUUUUAGACAUUAACGCCAUCAGACGAGUCGCUCCUGAUUCUAAAUCAGUCCCAGUGUCACUGGACCAAUCUCUCGACCUCGAGGAAUUAACAUUGAGACCAAAGAACCUGAAAGAAGCUCCAACGCAUCUGGCGGACGAAAAAGGCCAGAGCUCCCAGUCUUCCUCAGAAUCCGUUGCUGCGGUGAAGGCGUUAGCUUCCUGGCUCCCGCAGGUGUACCGGUUCUCCCAGCGGUUCUGCUACGCGGCGCUGCGGCGGGCCUGCCUGUCCUGGCUGCUGGACUGUCCCCGACCGUUCCUCUGCUCCGCCGGCGCCGGGGACUGCCUUCGCCGGCUGGCCCGAGAGGCCGAGUGUAGGGAGACUCUGAAGCAGGACCUGCUGAGCCGGGCCUCGCUGGCCCUGAACUGACCAGGGCAGCGGCCGGGUCGGUCCGUGUACUUCGCGGCCAUCGUUUUUUUGUUUUCAAAUGACAAAAUAAAAAUAGAGAUAUAAUCCAAAAUAAUCCGUUUCCCAUCUUUUGUUUUGAUAAUAAAAAAACGGAAAA